AGACUGGAACCCCUGAUCUUCUUUUCCAUUUGCAUUACCUAUACUGUUGCUUUGCUGGGCAAUUUUGUCAUUAUUACUUUGGUAUGGUGUGAUCACAGCCUUCAUAGUCCAAUGUACAUCUUUAUUGCCAAUUUAUCUUUUUUAGAGACCCUUUACACCACCACAGUUAUUCCCAAAAUGCUAGACAACCUCAUGAAUCAAAGAAAAUCCAUUACCUCUCAAAAUUGCAUUCUGCAAGCUUACUUCUACUUCUCAGCAGGUUCCACAGAGUUCUUCCUUUUGGCUGUUAUGUCAUUUGACCGUUAUAUUGCCAUUUGCAAUCCACUGAGGUAUACAGCUAUCAUGAACACACCAUUUUGCAUCAAACUCUUAGCUGCCUCUUGGAUGUGGGGCUACUUUGUUGUGAUCCCACCAACCAUCUUGCUAGGCCGGCUACAGUUCUGUGGACCUAAUGCCAUCAACCAUUUCUUUUGUGAUGUUGAUCCCCUACUCAGGUUGGCCUGCUCUGAUACAAGAAAUAUUGAGAUAAUUAGUUUUGUCAGUUCAGCCUUGCUCCUUUUAGGGUCAUUACUGGUAACAGGGAUCUCCUACAUUUUUAUCAUCGCAACGGUCAUUCGAAUCCCCUCAGCCAAAGGGCGCCAGAAAGCAUUUUCAACGUGUGCUUCACAUCUAAUUGUGGUGACUCUCUUUUAUGGAAGUUCGAUUUUCAUUUAUGUUCAGCCACAAAAAAGCCACUCACUGGACCUCAACAAAGUGGCCAGCGUUCUGAAUACAGUGAUAACCCCACUAUUGAACCCAUUCAUUUAUAGCCUGAGAAACAAGAAAGUUAAAGAAGCCUUGGCACAUUUUAUCAGGAAGAAAAUAUCUCCACUAAUUCACCUCAAGUUCUAA